GACUCGGCAGUGCACGAUAAGAAGGAUGCUUGGAAUAGCCUUCCCCGGCCCUUGGGGCACUUCUUGUGCUUGGACCGUUGGGGACCACCCUCCGAGCCCGAGCAUGCAAAUGGGAUGCCUUAUCACGGCGAAGCCUCAUCCGUCCACUGGGAGGUGACAGAAGCGGAUGGCGGCCUGAGUCUCAGUGCAAAGCUGCCGAUGGCAGCACUUGCCGCCAAUAAGCGCGUGCGGCUGCUGGAAACGUUGGGGGACCUGAAGAGCCAGGCUGCCGUCGCCGUCUUCGAGGACGCGGUCAGCAGAGAUGCCAAGCUUGGUCGCAUGUACAACAUGGUGCAACAUCCAAGCAUCGCACCUCCAUUCUUGACCCGCGACACGCGCGUGGAUUGCAACGGGAUACGUGGCUUUACGCAGUGUUCUCGCGAAGCAGUGCCAACGCUGCCGUGGCUUGCAGCAAGCGUGUUCCCAGUAGCCAGGACUGAGGGUGGCCUUCGAGAUGUGCGAGAGAUGACUGGGGGCUCUGAUGAUGUGUUCAGCUAUGAAGUGGAUCCUUCGCAUGCUUACGGCUGGGUGACGGCCUGCACUCCGGGCUUGAAUCUGCUUCUUGGGUAUGUGUGGCCUCGGGCCGACUACCCUUGGGUGUCGCUCUGGUGCAGCUCUUCUGGCGAGGAGCCCCGAGCGCGAGGUUUGGAAUUUGGGACCACCGGCCUCCAUCAGCCUUUUCCGGUGCUCUCUCAACAUCCACGAAUUUUCGACCUUCCAACCUUCGCAUACCUGGAUGCCGGAGAGUGCCAGAAGCGGUCAUUUGCUUGCUUCCUGUUGCAAAUAUCGCAGGACGGGACUGGGUUUCGGUUGGCAUGUGCUAUGCAUCAUGCAGCCCAACAUGAUGAUGAGCCGGAAGGCUACACAAUUGAGCCCUAA